CUUUCUUAAGCAGAUUUAAUGUCACUUCAAGAACAAUUGGAUGCGCUCAUUACCCAUUCUAGAAACAUUGCAUCCAUUCAAUUACGGCAAGGUUCAAAUAGUGUAGCUACUGAUUUAUUUUCAAAGAAAAGAAUCUUUUUAAGAGAUGCAGAACCAUCUGAAAUCAAACUUGCAGCAGCAUGUGCAGGCGAGCCAAUUACGGCAAGGUUUAUUUAGAAUUAAAAGAAAGAAAAAAAAAAAACAAAGAUAAUAUACCCCUUUACUCAACAUUUACUUUUUUUUUUU